AUGACUGAUGUCCUGUGCAGGCUACUGGAUCCCUUAACAGACACUCAAGCGUUGGCCAGACACAACAACGGCUUACCUUCCUGCCGAUUGGACUUUCGUCCGAACCGUGGCAUUUAUGAUUUACAAAUUAAAAACACAUCCUAUAAUCGCGACAAUGGCCGCUUCGAGUGUCGCAUCAAGGCCAAAGGCACCGGAGCAGAUGUUCACCAGGAGUUUUACAAUUUGACAGUUUUGACGCCACCUCACCCACCCAUUAUAUCACCGGGAAAUAUUGCCGUUGCCACCGAGGACAAGCCACUCGAGUUGACCUGCAGCAGUAUUGGCGGCUCGCCAGAUCCCCUGAUAACUUGGUAUCGAGAGGGCAGUACAGUGGCGUUACAGUCGUACAUCUUGAAGGGCGGAUCCAAAAAUCACUAUACAAAUGCCACGCUGCAGAUACUGCCCCGGCGGGUCGAUGAUGGCGCCAAAUACAAAUGCGUUGUUUGGAAUCGUGCCAUGACCGAGGGUCAUACUCUGGAAACAACUGUCGCCCUAAAUGUGAACUACUAUCCCCGUGUCGAUGUUGGCCCGCAAAAUCCCUUACGUGUGGAACGUGAUCACGUUGCCAAGCUGGAUUGUCGAGUUGAUGCCAAACCAAUGGUAUCGAACGUACGAUGGACCCGUAAUGGCCAGUAUGUUAGUACAACUCCAACACAUACCAUUUAUCGGGUUAGUCGUCAUCAUGCCGGAAAAUAUACCUGUACCGCUGACAAUGGCCUAGGAAAAACCGGCGAAAAGGAUCUGAUUCUAGAUGUUCUAUAUCCACCGAUUGUGGUUAUCGAAACGAAAACACAUGAAGCUGAAGAAGGCGAAACGGUUGUUGUUCGCUGCAAUGUCACAGCAAAUCCACCACCCGUCACAAUAGAAUGGCUAAAAGAAGGUGCACCAGAUUUCCGUUUUGCUGGAGAACUACUUUCAUUGGUGUCGGUCAGAGCAGAACAUGCGGGAAAUUACAUCUGUAGGGCGGUGAAUCAAAUGCAACCCUACGGCUCGAAAAGAGUUGAGGGAGUUGGAAAUUCUACAGUGGCAUUAUUGGUGCGUCAUCGUCCUGGUCAGGCAUAUAUUACACCCAAUAAACCAGUGGUUCAUGUGGGUAAUGGUGUCACUUUGAGUUGUUCGGCCAAUCCACCGGGAUGGCCUGUGCCACAAUAUCGUUGGUUCCGUGAUAUUGAUGGAGAGUUUAGUAACACCCAGAAGAUUCUGGCUCAAGGGCCGCAAUACUCAAUACCAAAGGCCCACUUGGGCAGUGAAGGUAAAUACCACUGUCAUGCCGUCAAUGAACUUGGUAAUGGCAAAAUGGCAACCAUCACAUUAGAGGUGCAUCAGCCGCCACAAUUUAUCGCCAAGUUGCAACAACAUAUGACACGUCGUGUUGGCGAUGUUGAUUAUGCCGUGACGUGCAGUGCAAAAGCUAAGCCAGUGCCGAUUAUUCGCUGGAUUAAAGAUGGCACAGAAGUCCUGCCUGGCCGUAAAAUGUACGACAUCAAGACCACUCCCACAGAAACGGCGAACGGUGUUGUCACCAUCCAAAGUAUAUUGAGAUUUAGAGGAAAAGGACGUCCCAAUGGUAAUCAAUUGGUUCCCUCAGAUCGUGGCCUCUACACCUGCCUGUAUGAAAAUGAAGUGAAUUCGGCCAACUCGAGCAUGCAUUUACGCAUCGAACACGAGCCCAUUGUCUUGCAUCAAUACAAUAAAGUCGCCUAUGACGUGCGGGAAUCCGCAGAGGUUCAGUGUAAAGUUCAAGCAUAUCCCAAACCAGAAUUUCAAUGGCAAUUCGGAAAUAAUCCAUCGCCAUUAACAAUGUCAUCGGAUGGCCAUUAUGAAAUUAGUACCAGAGUCGACAACAAUGACAUCUACACAUCAAUACUAAGAAUAAAUCACCUCUCUCAUUCGGACUAUGGAGAUUAUUCAUGUCGUGCAGUGAAUCCUUUGGAUACCAUACGUACGCAAAUACGACUGCAGCCCAAAGGGCCACCAGAGAGGCCGACAUCGUUGAAGGUCUUGGAAACCUCACAUAACUUUGUCAUACUCAGUUGGAUACCGGGAUUCAAUGGAGGCAUGUCGAAUACCAAAUAUUUGGUGACCUAUAGACGGGUACCCACUCCCAAAGAGCAGCUACUAUCCGACUGCAACUCCGUUUACAGUUAUGCCUCCACCAGCGGCAUGAGUUCACCCGAAUGGAUGGAAUUCGAUUGUUUCCGGGAAAAUCCCUGCAAAGUGGCUCCGCUCGAUCAACAUCAAAGUUACAUGUUUAAGAUUUACGCCUUAAAUGCCAAAGGCAGUUCCGGCUACUCCAACGAAAUGCAGGCCACCACGAAAGUGAGCAAAAUACCGCCGCCCCUCCAUGUCACCUAUGACCCCAAUUCACAUGUGGUGGGCAUUAAUGUUGCUGCCACAUGUUUGUCUCUAAUUGCAAUUGUCGAAUCGUUGGUGAACCGUGAAUCGCCCAUGGCCACGUGGGAAAUAGUGGACACAGUUUCGUUGCUGCCUUCGGGCAACGAGGCCACCUUCAAAGAGACCACGAUUAAUCAUAUAACUCAAAGAGCCCAUUACUCGGUAUCGGGCCAUCGAACAACGAUGGGACGUGCUGAGGACAUGACAUUGGCUCUGGCCGAGAAUAAACAGCCGAGUCCAGCGGUGCGUGUUAAAUUAUGUUUGCUUUCUAACCACAACCACUGCGGCGAAUAUGCGAACGCUGAAAUUGGAAAGUCAUAUCUGCCCGAGACGUCAGCAUUCACAACAUCUGCUAUUGUGGCCAUAGUUAUAGCGUCCGUAGCCUUUCUACUUUUUGCUGCAUUCACGAUAAUGGUGUGUCGCUGCAGGCGUUCGGCAGCUACAGCUACAAAGAAGCCAGCAAAUACAGCUGCCAAAGAAUAUGACCUAGAUUCGGGACGGCCAUCGAUUGUGGCUCAAACCAGUGGCCAACAGCAGCAGCCGCCGCCACCACCUUACUAUCCCACAGGCAGCUUAGAUAGUAAAACACUUGAUGCACAUGCCAUGGAAUUGACACUAACUGCCGUCCAUGAUCCCGAAGACCAAAUGCACCAUCAGCAGCAGCAGCAACAACGAGAACAGCAACAACAUCAUCAACAACAGCAAUGCUCCACAACUGGACAGAAGUCGUCGACGAAUUCAUCGCUGUAUGGGACCCAGAACGGUUAUGGUUAUCACAUGACAAGUGCCAUCGGUGUUGAGGGGGACAGCUACCAAGUGAUACCAUCGUCCGGCCUACACACAUUAUCAGGCGGUCCAGAGUUACUGCAGCUAGUUGCAAUUUGUAUUAAAAAUAUCGAAAAUCUAGUUAUGGAAAGUACUUCGAACACUGCAACGCACAACAUGUCGGCUACCAUUUUAUAUGUCCUAUUCUUACGCCGAAAGCUUAUCAAAUAUAAUCUGGCCCCAAUUUUCCAAAUGCAACAGAAUAUGCACCAACACAAUCCCGAGCGCAGCAGCGCCAACAUCAGCAAGGGCAGCAGCAGCAGCAGUAAACCGAAAUUGCUGGUUAAACACAAUUGGACGUAUUCCACCAAUUACAAGUGGCCGUACACAGGACUAUUCGAUUUGAAUACAAAAACAUCGACGUUGUCGACGGCAAUGACAACACUCAAUAAACAACAAUCGGCCAAGAACCAACAACAACAACAACAGCAGCAACAACAACAUCAACCCACCAAUAAUACUAUCAGCAACAGCAACAGGAACAACAACAAUAUUACAAACUCAUCUUCGACAAACAGUGGUCACGUUCCAUGUGCCAGUAAUAAUGGCAUCAUCAUCAACAGCAGCAGCAACAACGGCGGCAGCGGCAUCGCUUGCAACAAUGGCAAUGCCAAAGGUUUACUUGCAACAAACUGUAAUAAUAAAGCCAACAGCAACAGCGUCAAUAAUAACAAUUACAAUAACAACAGCAGCUACAAAAUCAACUCUUCGCUGAGAAAUUCCGAGUCUAUAUCUCCAUUAGUGUCGAGCCUGGAACGUGCAUCCAAGUUGGCGGCACUUAAUACCAAUGCCGCCACACUUUCAGGGUCAUCGUUGCAUUAUCCCUCAUCCGAAAACAAUUACACAAAUUCGAGUAGCAUUUGUGCCAGCAUUGGCAGUAAUCAGGAUACGCUGUGGCGCAUGAAAAUGUCUGCUGCUGCCGCAAUGCAACAGCAGCAGCAACAACAACAACACCAGCAGCAACAUCAACAACAACAUCCGUCAACACAGAUUUACAUCGAAAGACCACCGUCUGCAUUCAGUAGUUGUGGUGUCGGCGGUAUUGGUGCUGGCGGUGGUGGUAGUGGUAGUGGCAUUGGAGUCGGUGGAGAUCCACUAUCGCAGUAUGUCGUCGACUAUAUCGGAUAUCCGGUGCCACCACCACCACAUAUAACAUCGGUGACUGCUUCCGGUAGUCAACACAGUUUUCAAAGUGGCUGCCACAAUGUGCCAAGCUUAAAUGAAGCCGCUGCAUCCGUCACCAGCACCACUACCAACACAACCACCGCUGAUGCCGCAACCGCCACAUCGAUAAGCUCCACUAAAAACAGCUGCAGUACAUUACAGCGACAGGAGAAAAAACAUCAACAGCAACAGCAGCACAUGGACAGUAUGCAGCAUAAGUCGGGAAGUGCCAGCCAACGUCAUGGUACCCUAAAGAAAUCCACCAAACAUCAUUCCCAGUAUCCAGCAUCAGCAUCGAUAUCCAUGGACCAUCAUCUAUUUG